AUGUACUUCCUCCUUCCGUUGCUGCUUUUCUCGUUAACGAGCGCCGCCUCCCUGCCCAGCCCGGAUGGCCCCUACAAUGUUGGCUUCUCUCAACAUAUCGUCCCGCAUAUUACCCCCAAUGAUCCUACUCCUGGGCCAGGCAAUGCGCUACUCGUCCAUGUCUACUUCCCAACGUAUGACACCAACCGUUCGUCGCCUGUGCCAUAUAUAGAUACAAAAAGCGCGACAAUCUGGGGCGAUGCGCUGGAGCUCCCCAGGGGCUUACUCGACAAGCUAACCACCGACCUGCGCCGUGAUGCAAGCUUCCUGAGCGCCCCGACUGGGCAUCCGACCGUUCUAUUCUCCCCAGCCGCUGGCUUCAACGCUUGGAUGUACUAUGGAUUGCUGGCAAACUUGGCGUCGCACGGUUAUACGGUCGUCGCCAUCGACCAUCCUGGGGAGCCGCCGGUGGUGCGCUGGCCCAACGGGACCGAUACCAUCGGUCUAAGUAUCGACGUCGAUUUCACGGCGAACCUGACGCGCCAGGUUCACGAGUUCCGCGUAACCGACCUUGCUGCCGUCUUAGCUUGGUUCCCCACGUUUGUGCAUAACCACCAAGCCCCCUUCAACACGUCAAAGUUCCUCGCGCUGGGCCAUAGCAUGGGAGGUUCGGCUUCAGUCACUUUUGCCCCCGGCCAUCCAAGUGUGGAAGCUGCCCUCAAUCUCGAUGGCGGGUUCUCUCAGCACCAGACUGUCGUGACCGAUGUCGGGGUGCCAGUCUUGCUCAUGAGUCGUAUCAACCAUACAACACGAAGCGACCCGUCUUGGGCCGAGUUCCAGGAGCAUCAGACUGGCUGGUGGGAGCACAUUGCCGUCUAUGGCUCUGAGCAUCUGGAUUACUGCGAUAUCGCAACUUGGAACGAAGCCCUGGGGUUGGCCCCUCUUGUCCAAGAGCAGUUUGGCCCAAUAGGCGGAUCUAAGAUAACGCAGAUCGCACGAAAGUAUGUGGGCGAUUUCUUUGGAUGGGUGGAAGGGCGAGAAAAGGGUGUGAUUGCAUCGCCGAGUCUGGAAUGGAGGGAGGCUGUGUAUGUUAAUGGGAGCGACUUUGAUCAUGGCUACUCGCAAGAGCAGAAAGAUUAA